AUGCCAACGAGUGCUAGGCGGACUUUUUUCCAUUGCGAAGAAUAUCAUGGCAAGAUAUCCGUUGAAGAGUAUUUCAAGAAAAAGCAUCCCCACAUUACGCUGAGGCAUGCAGACGACCUUCCAGUCAUUGACAUCUCAGGUCCGAAUUCGAAAUUCUCCAUAUACGUACCAGCCGAACUAUGCGAAAUCGAACCCGGGCAACCGUUCCGAGGACGUCUCAAUGAGAAAGAAACUUCGAACAUGAUUCGGUUCGCCUGCAAUCCGCCAAAAGUCAAUGCAGAUGCCAUCAUUGAACGCGGUCUCCCCACUCUUGGGUUUACUCCCGAGACGCUGAGCAGUCCUCUGAGCAGCUUCGGCAUCGCAGUGGAUAACAACAUGGCGGUCGUCCCUGGACGUGAACUUCCACCGCCCCGUCUUAGCUAUGGAGCAGGAGGGAGGCCGCUUAACGUCAGCAAUGGCAGUUGGAACAUUGUUGACGUCAAGUUUCAUAACGGCGGGGCCAUCAAGAGCUGGUGGGUGUUUGUCGUUAGAGAGAAAGAUGGACGAAGUGUGUUCAGCGGGGCCGACGACCCGAUUCUGACUGAUCUUUGGAGGAGCUUUGGCGACAAAUGCCUCAAUAGCGGUAUCUCACUGAAAUCACAACCUGUCAAGCUUGCCCAGUCACUCAUCCCUCGCGCCGAUGAUCCUAACAGGCAGCAGGCGCUAGACUCGAUUCGUCAGAAGAUUAAAGAGAACAUUUCCCAGAGAGGAAAACCAUCAUUCAUCCUCGUCCUCCUCUCUCGCCGGGAUAACUACAUAUAUCCGGGCAUCAAACGGAUUUGCGACGUCGAGGUUGGCGUCCACACCAUACAUAUGCUUACAGAUAAGGUGGUAGGAAAGGACGCCAAUAAACAAGAUCAAUACUUCUCGAAUGUCGCUCUCAAGUUGAACACGAAACUCGGAGGUAUCAAUCAUGUGUUAGAUCCGGACAGCUUGAAAUGGUUGACGAAGGCUAAAACGAUGGUUGUGGGCAUGGACGUUACGCACCCCGGCCCUGGCAGUAUUGAAGGCACACCAUCGAUUGCCGCUGUUGUUGCGAGCGUUGAUAGUUCUUUCGUCCAAUUCCCAGCAAGUCUCAGGUGUCAGGAAACCAAGAAAGAGAUGAUCACGGAUCUGACUUCUAUGAUGAUUGACCGGCUCAUAUUCUACGCGGAGAAGAACCAAACCCUACCGGAUCGAGUCUUUGUUUACAGGGACGGUGUGUCUGAAGGUCAAUUCAAUACAGUGUUAGAGGAAGAGCUUCCUAAAAUCCUGGAGGCAUUUAAGAGGGUCCCGCAGAGGAAGCCGUAUCGUCCUUUGUUGACGAUUAUCAUUUGUGGAAAGCGACACCAUGCUAAGUUUUGGCCGACUGACUCUCAGUUCGCGGACCGGAACGGUAAUACUCGUCCAGGAACCGUUGUCGACAGAGGCAUCACUGCAGUGUUCGACUUCGAUUUCUACCUUCAAGCUCACGCUGGCUUGCAAGGCCACGUGAAGGCAACACACUACACUGUGGUAUAUGACGAGAACCGCCUCGGCGCAGAUGAACUUCAGCAGGGUACGCACACUGCAAGUUACCUGUACGCCCGUGCCACCAAGGCGGUCAGUCUCGUCCCGGCCGCGUACUAUGCCGACCUGGCAUGUGAGAGAGGGAGGUGCUACUUGAACGACUUCUUGAGUGCUGAUGACAAGGUGUCAAGCUCUGUCGUAUCAGGGAAAGGAAGGGGAAGGGGGAAAGGGAAGGCAGACAAGGAGGAAGAGAGGUUACGGGUGUUUGAAGAGGCGAAGAAAGCAUGGGGAGAAGGCGUGCACCCCGACUUGCGGGCGAGCAUGUUUUAUAUCUGACCGUUGAAUAUUGAUGGCGGGCUAUUGCGAGUUGUACCAGUACCGUACUUGUAUUGGACCUUGUUGUAUUUGUCAUGUGAUCUUAUACUCGCUGCAAUUGAUUUUUUUUUU